AUGAAUAUAUCGAGAUCACCGUUGGCCGGUAGAAACUUUGAAAACUUCGGCGAGGAUCCUUACUUAACAGGAGUUUUGGCGACGAGCUACAUAAAAGGUGUCCAGUCUCAGAGCGGCGUCGGUGCUUGCAUGAAGCACUAUGUGGCUAACGAUAUGGAAACCCGACGCUUCAAUAUGGACGAGCAGAUUGACGAGAGAACACUGCGUGAGAUCUAUUUGAAGCCAUUUGAAAUGGCCCUUGAAGCGAAGCCAUGGAGUGCUAUGACGGCGUACCCAAAAAUCAAUGGAGAGCAUGCUGAUUGCAACACUUUCCUUCUACAAGAUAUCCUGAGGAAGGAAUGGGACUUUGACGAAUUGGUCAUGAGUGACUGGGGUGGCCUAAACGACACGGUCAAGAGCGUCGUCGCAGGAACAGAUUUGGAAAUGCCGGGACCACCAAUCCGGUAUGGGAAAGCUCUUCUAGAAGCUGUCAAAUCCGGCAAGGUGUCAGAGAAAGAUCAUAUUGAUGCCUCUGUGAAGAGACUCCUCAAGAUCUUGAACAAAGCUGGUCUGCUAGAUCCUGAAGAGGUUACUACUGGCAAGGAGCAAUACUCGGAUCUCCCCGAGUUUCGUCAAACUACUCGAGAAGCUGCAGCCGGUGCAAUAGUACUUCUUAAAAAUCAAAAAGUCCUACCGCUCAAACCUCAAGCUAUCAAAAAGCUAGCAAUAAUCGGGCCAAAUGCUCAAAAGCCAACGACAGGCGGCACCGGAAGUGCUGCCGUUCGGCCAUUCUACCUGACGAAUCCUUACGAAUCGCUUUCGGAAGCAACGAAAGAGGUCAAUCCUGAGAUUGAGAUAUCAUUUAGUCAGGGUAUUCGGACGAAUAUCCAGCCUCCACUGCCAGGAAACAUGCUGAAGACCGCGGACGGUAGCAAAACUGGCGUUCAGGUUGAUUUCUACGCAGGUCAUGAAUUUGAGGGCUCUGUGAUUGGUACAUCCCACUGGCAGAACUCAAUCCUAUUCAUGAUGAGCGAUGGUGAUACGCCCGAGGUUCUAAGAGGGAAACCUCACUGCUAUCGAGCUAGCGGAGUUUUGACCCCAACUACCACUGGCACAUAUGAUUUCAGCUUGUCGAAUACUGGCAAGGCCAAGUUCUUCCUAGACGACAAUCUGGUGAUCGAUAACCACGAUUGGACUCAGACGGGAGGCACCUUCAUGAAUUGCGGAAGUGUCAACCGCUUCGCGGAGGUCAAUCUUGAAGCUGGAAAGAGUUAUUCUUUCCGCAUUGACAACGUUGUACUACCUCCUCCAAUUCCGCCUCACGACAACACUCUUUUCCAUACUCUAUCAGGUGUCCGUGUCGGAAUGCAGCUUCGUAUUGACGAACAGGCUCUCUUUGACGAGGCCGUUGCCGCAGCAAAGGGUGCAGACACGGUUGUUCUUGUCGUGGGUCAUAACAACGACAGUGAGAAAGAAGGAAUUGAUAGAACGUCACUGGAGCUACCUCGCAGGACAAAUGAGCUUGUAGAUGCAAUCUGCAGAGCCAAUCCUAACACGGUGGUUGUAACUCAGUCUGCCUGUGCUAUUUCUAUGCCUUGGGUUAACGUAGCCCCUGCAAUCGUCCAUGCUUGGUACCAAGGUCAAGAGAAUGGUAAUGCAUUAGCAGAUGUACUUCUCGGCCGCGUUACUCCAAGCGGCAAGACGCCCAUCACAUUUCCACGCAGACUUGAAGAUCAUGGGUCAAACCCAUGGUUUCCAGGGGAUGCUGAAAGAGACUAUGCCGAAUAUGGUGAAGGCAUUCUAGUCGGUUACAGAUGGUUUGAUGCGAAAGAUAUCGAGCCUCUGUGGCCUUUCGGUUUUGGAUUAUCGUAUACAUCUUUCCAGAUCUGGCAUGUCAAAGUCGAAGGCAAGAUCGCGAUAGACGGCUCUACGAAAGCUGUUAUCUCCGCGACCGUGACUAACCUUGGGGACUACGGUGGCGCUGAAGUUCUACAGGCCUACAUGUCUCCGUCGCCUGUUAUCAAGGAGAAGGGUCGAGACUCUGCACCACGAUCGCUAGUUGGCUUUGUCAAAGUGUUUGUUCCCAAAGGCGAAGCUAGAGUCGCCAACAUUGAACUUGAUAAGAGGGCAGUUUCUUGGUUCGAUGUCGAGGGCAAAGGCUGCGGCCCUUCAUCGGGAGGAAAGUGGAGAGCUGAUAAGGGGAAGUACAUAUGCUUUGUAGGCACGAGCUCCAGAGACAUUGUCGCUGAAGUUGAUGUUGUAGUGGAGUGA